AUGUAUUGCCCACCACUCGACUCUACAUUAGUAGCAGAAAUUGUAGCAGAAAAUGUUAAUGAUGAAUCUGAUAUCAACACUUGUAUAGAUAUUCUUAAUUCUUUGGCUGAAGGAGCAACCUUGGUUUUAGAUUCUGAACAAAGGGGUUACGGCGAACCAGAAUUAUUUUCAGAAAAUAGUAAUGAUGAUAAGAGUGCAAGCGAGUCAAGUUCCGGUGAAAAUGAGGAUGAGUCGGCUACGAGUCUUGAACCUCAAAUGGACUCACUUAGUCUCGGAGAAGAAGGCGGUGUAGGAGGGGGGAUAGGCGACGAUUCCAAUAAUAAUUAUUACUAUUAUUAUCGUGAUGACGAUCUUGUCAUUCUUGAUGAUAAUGAGUUCGAUAAUGAGUUCGAACCAUUUAUUCUUUCCAAGGAUGAUUACAAAUCAAUUGAUUCACCAACUGGAUUCUUGAAAGAAUGUUUUCCAUUAAUUUCCACCACAAGAAUCGAGCAAUUAUUUCAAGAAAAUGAUGAUGAUGCUGAAACAGGACAAGAGUAUGAUCAGGAAAUGAAAACAUGGAAUUUGAGAUAUGUAAUGUCGUCAACUGAACAACAAAGUGGUAAACCUUUAAAAAUAAUUACUGGAGUAGGAAAUCAUUCACCUAAUGGAAUUCCAAAAUUACCUAAUGCUGUGAGACAAGUUCUAAAAAAUAAUUGGGAUUUCGUCGAAAAUCGUGGUCAUAUGAUCGUCAAAGGACAAAUCUUCAAUAUAUAA